ACCUAACCUCCAUGAUCCACCCACCAUUUCUCUUCUUUCGUUCAUCUUCCUCUCUUCCCCCACUCUUCUUCUCCCUCUUUAGGGGUUAGACCGGGGGGCUUUUUGGAGGCCGUUUUGAAGCCCGACUCGGGUCGGACCGGGUCCAACCAGGGGUUCGAUAGGGGUUUAACAACCUUGGUCGGGACACGCGAUUUUAACGUGGUUCGGCCAAUAUGGCUUUACAUCCACGUCCCGAAGAUAGUUACCACUAUCUCACGAGAGACUCUAACUUUUAUUAAAAUAAAAGACUCUCUAACCUACGAAAUUGAAACAACCUUGACACUUCGUGUCAAGAACCAAAUAGGUGCAACUCCACACCUAUUCAACCCUUAGCUAAAUCCAAGCUAAGCUAUCCACUCAAUCAAUCAAGCCAACACUCUUAGUUUGACUUGAUUGGAGAGCAAUUCACCUAGUGCAACUCCCAAGCAAGAAUCCCCUCUUGCUCUUGCACUAGUCCCAAUUACAAAUACCCUUCCUACCCUAAAACCCGACCUAGCUUGAAUAUCUCAACCCCCGAGAUAUCAAGCUAUUCAUACCACGAAAUAUGAUCACACAAUUUCGCUAUUACAAGGGAGAAGAGAGCUUUGCAAAAAGGUGUUUUGGCCUACAAAUGAAUCUACUAUUUAUAGUUGAUGUGAGUCUUCCUUUCCUUUCAUUUGUAGUCCUUUAUGUGGCAAGUAUCUCCUUGAUUUGAUACCUUUUUGCUUGAUAUGGUAACUCCUUUGAGGGCAAGCAAUCACUUUGAAUUGUUUCCUUUUUCCUCAUCAUUGAUUGUGAUAUUUCUGCAUAGAUUGUUAGUUCCACAUAAUAACAUAUAUUUAAAACAAAAUAUCCUAUGACAUUCAAUUAGCUGAAUCAAGCUUGUUAACCCAACAUUCUCCCCCUAAGCUGAAUCAAGCUGAAUCAAGUUUUAUACACUUACCUAUUUUUGGGUUAGUUCUAAUUAUUAAAUCAUAUCAUGCGUUUGGGUUUGUACCCAUGACCAUAUAAAACCAAGAUUUUGGUAAUUAUAAUAUUUUCAAAGUCCAGUACCUAAAAUUAAUUUUUGGCAUAGAAUUCCUAGAAAUCAAUGAAACAAUUCAUUCCUUACGUGAAAUUUUCAUUCUUACAAUUUUACACCUAAACUUUAUAAGUUUUACAAAUCGGUCAAAAUUCACAUAUGUAGUUCAUUCAGUCUCAUAUAAAUGGGUAAACUCAUAUCCAAAUAUAAUAUAAUGACAAUACUCAUACCCUAUAAAGUCUUUUCCAACAAUAUUCAAACCCUAUAAAUUGACUGCAAACCCUACCAUAAUCAAUGUGUUUAGAUAAAAUUACUGAUGACUCGGUAUUUGCACAUGUUUUCCCCUUUGUUUCUUGAUUGUUUGAGCUUGAAUUAUUGCGUCUUUGGCCUAUUUUAUGCUAGGUUGUGUUCCUUUGUCCCAUUUCAGGUCCUAGCACAUAAAGUGAAGCAUAGGCGCAAGUUUCAAGUCAAUCAGAGAUCAAUUGACGAUUCAAGAGAAGAAACUCGGGCAUGACCUGAAGAAGAAUGGAUUUCUACCUCACUUUAUGGACAAAGCAUCAUGCAAGCUUGUUAUGAAACGAAAGAGGACGAGACUACGAGCGUCUGGGAUCAAACGGCGAUUGAUUCGGAGUCCGGGCGAGGGAGAAACGAAGCAUUAAACAGAGGCUGAGCAAGCUGCACGGGCAGACCAGCGUGGCCACGCACGGCCGUGCAAGUGACCAGUUUGGCCGUGCGGGAUUGUGCGUGGGCACGCACGGGAUUGUGCGUGGCCACGCACGGCCGUGCAACAUACAAUUCUGGCCGUGCGAGUUGGCUGAGGUUCAACUAAUUGAUACGCCGCGUUUUGAGGUGCACGGCCAGAAUGGUGAUGUGCACGGCCGUGCACCCUGGCCGUGCGAGUCGGGAAUGGCUGUUUUUAACCCAAAUUCGAGCCAAAGGAGAGGGAGAGCUGGGUUUUGGAUCCCAAACACCCAAGGGACGAACCCUAGAGAGAGAGAGCGACUUGGGAACAUUCUUGGAGCUAUUUUGGAGGAUUUCUUCGCCAUUGGAGCUCGGGAAUCAAGCUUGGAGAUGGAGAUUGAAGAUCUAGAUCAGAUUUCUGCAGUCUCUCUCUUCUCUAUGGAGUAACUUCCCUUCACUUAGGUUUUGAGGAACCUUAGUUCCAUGAGUUAGGAUCUUUCUUGUAUGAAGUUUUGGAUGCUAUAUUGUUUGAUUAUAAUCGAAUGAUGCAUGUUUAUUGAGUCAAUUGAAGUCUGAUCAACUUUUCCUGAUUCCUGCUGCAAUCUGAGAUAGAUAGAAUCUGAUUAGGUUGCUAGAGUCUCAUCAUUCGGUAGUAGGAGAUUGGUUAUACGAGAGUUAGCCAGUUUACUGCUUUGUACUGGAAUCCAAUUCCAGUAGUGGAGUUCUGUGCUUAUUGCUUCAGCUUUCUAUCCCGGUGAAGACUAGUCGUCUGCCGGAUAGUUAGACUGAGAGGGCUUGGUCGGCUUAAGAGAUUCCAAGCUACUGUCGGAUCUUCCGCAGUUUAAUCAACAGUAAAUCAAUCAAAAUGAAUUACAACUUGGACCUAAUUGAGGAGCUAGGGGGAAUCAUACCUAAGUGAGUUCCCAAACUGUAAUUAGUAGUUUUACUUAGUUUAGUUAGUAGAGUAGUUUAGUUAAUCAAUCCUUAAUCUAGUUUGCUAGAUAAUGAACUGAAGCUGAGUAAUAGUAACUCUAGAGACCCGUGGAUUCGAUAUUUAUUACUUGUGCCACUAUACUGCAGUCCCUUUCAUUGGUUACACUUGGCCAUUGUUAGGUGUUGUGUUUUGGCGUGUCAAGUUUUUGGCGCCGUUGCCGGGGACUUUCUAGAGUAUUAGGAAAGGCAGAAGUUUGUUACUUUAGCGUUUUUCUUUUCUUUUCUUUUCCACCCUUGCUUUUCACUUGGGUGUUUUUGUUUUUGUUGGUGCAGAUCUGAAUCAUGGAUCCUAAUGGCUUCCCCAACCAGUGGGGGUAUCCACCACCAUCCGAGUGGUAUUACCCUGAGACUCCCUGGAGCAAUCAAGGAGGAGAAGACUAUGGAUUCGGGUUCCAGUACCAACCCCCUUUCUACGGAGAACAACCAGACCCCUGGGCAUAUCAAGAACAAUCUCCUUAUCAAGAAGAAUUCCUCCCACAACAAGAAGGGCCAUCGGAUCUGGAGUUACCCAUGGCGGCCUUCACGGGCCAUUCUGCAGAGCCAUGCUACACUCCACAGCCAGAUCCAAACUAUGAAUUGAGGCUUCUCGUGGAGCAGAUUGCUCGAGUACCUGAGAGAUCUUUUCCCGAGAUGGAUCCUCAUAUCCAGGCCAUUGCCCAAACUGACUUUUCCUUCCCCCGUGAAACAGAGGAUACCAUCCGGAGCAUAAAGAAGCACCUAGAGGUCAUUGAGAAAGCUUGUUCACAGUUUUCUCAAGACAACCUUUAUGCUGCCAUACAAGUAGAGGAGGAGGAAGAAAAAGGCAAUCAUGAGGAUGUUGAGGAGCAUACAGAAGUUGUCACAGAAAGCUCCCAUGAUAAUCAUGAUCAAGUGUAUCCUUUGGUGGUAGAUCAUAACUUUCACCAUUUCCGCUCUGACAUGCUGGGCUCGAGUGAGGAGAUGCAAGCUGAACUUAUCGAGAACCUUGCAUGGAGACUUGCUCUCCAAUUCGUGCUGGAAGAAGAAGAGCAAGAAAGGGUGCAGAAAGAAGUUGUGGAGGAUGACAAAAGUGAAGCAGAAGGAGUUCUUGAUCUUUUCUCAGGGGUGAUACCACAUGAAGAAGAAAGGGGGGUUGAAAAAGCAAUUGGCGUCCAGGCUGAGGAUGAAGUUGAGGUGGAAGAGGCAUGCACCGGCCAUGAGUUGCAAGUAAUAUCCCCACCAAACUUUGAGGAACUGCUUAGCAAGGACCCAUUUGCAGUGUCUCUUUGCCAGACCAAGGCCACCUCGACAUCGGUCCCUCUUGGUGGACGCGAUGGUGGCCAAUCGAUGCUUUCUUAUCUGGUUUGGGGCAAUGAGACGAGAGAAGAGAAGAAGAGGUCUCGAGGGUGGAGACUUCAUCUGCAUCAAGUACAUGAGCCUUCCUCACCUGCCACACCACAUGCUCGUGACUUGAGACUCCACCUCAUCGACGAGAACCUCAACUUCAAGGAGGUUCUAGCAUGGACCGAAACUUAGGAGCCAUCGUCCGGCUCACGACGUGAAAGAAGCGCUUGUUGGGAGGCAACCCAACCAGUCGGUUUGCAUUUCUUUCUCUAUUUCUCCUCGGUUGAGUCAGUUUUGUUAUUUGAUUUUAGAGUCAAUAACUCAACCUUUGUGAGAUUUUGUGUGGUGUUUGUGUUCUGAUUACUCUCUCUUCCUGGACUGCACUGCCUGACCCGUACAUCAUCAUUCACCCUUGAUCUGGUAACUUCGUUCAACCCUCCUUAUCUUUCCUCCAUUGAGGACAAUGUUGUGCUUAAGUGUGGGGGGGGGGGGGUGUUCGAUUAUGUAUGCGGGUGAAUGUUUGGCUGUUUGUGUGCUUGGAGCCUAGUCCACUGUCCAAAUUUUUAAAUUUGAGGGCUCCAAGUACGUGUUCCAUGCAAUUGCCUGCUCAGUAUGCUUUGAAUUGACAGUCUUUACAGUAAUAUGCAACCUAGGGAGGUAGUGUAGCACUAUGGAGGAUGUUGAUGCAUUUAAGAAGUCUCAUUUCUUCUUCAUAUAAAGUUGGUUGAUUGAGUGAAUUAGUGAUCUUAGGACCCUUGAAUUGUGUGGUGUUGUGGAUUCUCUACCUGUCAUGGACUCUUGUAUCAUGUUUUGAAAGUAACAGGUGCUCGAAAAUGUGCUUCAAAAUAAACGUCUCCCGUGCGAAUAGGGCGAAAGUGUGUAAGGGGAGACGGGAAUUCGUUCCCAAUUUCCACCUACUACCUCCAGCCCCCUUACAUGUCUUCCCCCCGCACGAGGCUCGAGACAUCCGCUCCUGGCAUGGCCGGUAAGAGCAGGUUGGGACCCUUGAAAAAGAAAAGAAAAGAAAAAUAUCAGAAAACAAGCAAAACAAAAAAAAAGGGGUCUCAACCAUCUUCAAGAAGCAGAAAAUAGAGCACCUUGAAAAAUGUGAGUCCAUGAUCUGUUGUUUUUGAGAAUCUCCUCAUCCACAAUUCAUUUGUCCUCUGUUCACUAUUUGCCAUGAUGCCGACUCGCCGAAGAAGUUAUGAGAUGACUUGUGCGUCGGUUGACCUCGUAAGCUGCUAAAUGAUCUAGGAAGUCCUCUACCUACGAUCUGGGUUGUUUGUUGCUAUAGAGGUCUGGAGAGUUGCAUUGGUUUGAGUUAGGUUUGCUUGGGGACAAGCAAACAGUUAAGUGUGGGGGGAUUUGAUGACUCGGUAUUUGCACAUGUUUUCCCCUUUGUUUCUUGAUUGUUUGAGCUUGAAUUAUUGCGUCUUUGGCCUAUUUUAUGCUAGGUUGUGUUCCUUUGUCCCAUUUCAGGUCCUAGCACAUAAAGUGAAGCAUAGGCGCAAGUUUCAAGUCAAUCAGAGAUCAAUUGACGAUUCAAGAGAAGAAACUCGGGCAUGACCUGAAGAAGAAUGGAUUUCUACCUCACUUUAUGGACAAAGCAUCAUGCAAGCUUGUUAUGAAACGAAAGAGGACGAGACUACGAGCGUCUGGGAUCAAACGGCGAUUGAUUCGGAGUCCGGACGAGGGAGAAACGAAGCAUUAAACAGAGGCUGAGCAAGCUGCACGGGCAGACCAGCGUGGCCACGCACGGCCGUGCAAGUGACCAGUUUGGCCGUGCGGGAUUGUGCGUGGGCACGCACGGGAUUGUGCAUGGCCACGCACGGCCGUGCAACAUACAAUUCUGGCCGUGCGAGUUGGCUGAGGUUCAACUAAUUGAUACGCCGCGUUUUGAGGUGCACGGCCAGAAUGGUGAUGUGCACGGCCGUGCACCCUGGCCGUGCGAGUCGGGAAUGGCUGUUUUUAACCCAAAUUCGAGCCAAAGGAGAGGGAGAGCUGGGUUUUGGAUCCCAAACACCCAAGGGACGAACCCUAGAGAGAGAGAGCGACUUGGGAACAUUCUUGGAGCUAUUUUGGAGGAUUUCUUCGCCAUUGGAGCUCGGGAAUCAAGCUUGGAGAUGGAGAUUGAAGAUCUAGAUCAGAUUUCUGCAGUCUCUCUCUUCUCUAUGGAGUAACUUCCCUUCACUUAGGUUUUGAGGAACCUUAGUUCCAUGAGUUAGGAUCUUUCUUGUAUGAAGUUUUGGAUGCUAUAUUGUUUGAUUAUAAUCGAAUGAUGCAUGUUUAUUGAGUCAAUUGAAGUCUGAUCAACUUUUCCUGAUUCCUGCUGCAAUCUGAGAUAGAUUGAAUCUGAUUAGGUUGCUAGAGUCUCAUCAUUCGGUAGUAGGAGAUUGGCUAUACGAGAGUUAGCCAGUUUACUGCUUUGUACUGGAAUCCAAUUCCAGUAGUGGAGUUCUGUGCUUAUUGCUUCAGCUUUCUAUCCCGGUGAAGACUAGUCGUCUGCCGGAUAGUUAGACUGAGAGGGCUUGGUCGGCUUAAGAGAUUCCAAGCUACUGUCGGAUCUUCCGCAGUUUAAUCAACAGUAAAUCAAUCAAAAUGAAUUACAACUUGGACCUAAUUGAGGAGCUAGGGGGAAUCAUACCUAAGUGAGUUCCCAAACUGUAAUUAGUAGUUUUACUUAGUUUAGUUAGUAGAGUAGUUUAGUUAAUCAAUCCUUAAUCUAGUUUGCUAGAUAAUGAACUGAAGCUGAGUAA